AUGGCUCCCAAAACGAUCAUCGCACCGUCCGUUCUGUCGGCCGACUUUGGCCAGUUUGGCCAUGAGUGUUCGAGGACGAUGGAGCAUGGUGCCGACUGGCUCCACGUCGAUAUCAUGGACGGGCACUUUGUGCCAAACAUUACCUUUGGAGCGCCCGUCGUGGCCAAGAUUCGGCAGCAUGUCUCGAAGCCUACCGAGCCGCAAGGCCGUGGCACCUUUGACUGCCACAUGAUGAUUGCCGAGCCCAAGAAAUGGGUAAAGGAGUUCAAGAAGGCCGGCUGCGACCUGUACUGCUUCCACUACGAGGCGGCCUUCUCGUCGGCGGCCGAGAGUCCGGAGCAGUCGUCGGACAAGAAGACUAACCCGAGGGAGCUCAUACGGUACAUACACGACUGCGGCCUGCUGGCGGGCAUCGCCAUCCGACCGGACACAUCGGUCGAUGUUCUGUGGGACAUUUUGGAGACGGAGGACGCCAAGGAGAUGCCUGACAUGGUGCUCGUCAUGACGGUCAUGCCCGGAUUCGGUGGGCAAAAGUUCAUGGCCACUGAGCUGGCCAAGGUCGAAGCGCUGCGGAGGAAGUAUCCGGAGCUCAACAUCGAGGUGGAUGGCGGAGUCGGUCCGACCAACAUUGGCGACGCAGCCGACGCCGGCGCCAACGUCAUUGUCUCCGGCAGCGCCGUCUUUGGUGCAAAGGACCCGGCCGAGGUCAUUGCCGCCUUACGGAAGCGUGUGGACGAGCGAAGCAGCCGGCGAAGGUAG